UUCAAAUCAUAGCAAACGAUGAUUUUUUUUAAUCCUUGAAGCACUGCCGUUGAAGAACGUCACAAAUUUCAGAACUUGAAGUCUUAUUUUAUAUUAACUAAUUUUUGAAACAAUGAAUCCUUCAUCUGGAAACAAUUACCCAUACGGCCACUACAACCCUGCACCCGCCAGCCAGGAAUCGAGUGCUGUUUACUCUUCACCUCAGGAAUAUUACCAGCAACAAUUCAACCACACCCCAUAUCAACAUUCCGGCCCCAUGAAUAAUCCUGGUCAGCUGCCGAACAUGCCCCGCAUGAUGGGAACCGGAGGACAUCAACCUUUUCAACCAUCGUCGUCGCCGGCAGCGAUGCAACAGCCCAACAGUACAACUGCCCUACAGCAAGCCGGUGGCAUCCAAUACUUCAUGGACGCCGCCUGUACGGUUCCGGCCAGUUCAUUGCCCCAUCAACCGCAAGCUUUGAGCCAGUUUUCACCCCAACAGCAGCAGCGGUUCCUCAUGUCACAACAACAGGCAAUGACGCCGUUGUCGUCAGCGCAGCCGGUUCCACAGUCGGCUACGCUAGGAGGUAAGGAGAGCCCUCGGUGUGUCAAUCCUAACUGUGGCCAUUGCUGUGUUAAGCCUCAGACGGCGCCGGCGACCGGAGGAAAUAUCCGGCGGCAAUAAAUUAGCAGAUUGUUGAUUUAAAUUUAUUUGGAAUAAAACCGGACGAGUUUUUGCUCGUUGUGAUUUAGUAGGCAUAAUA